GGGGGGAAUUAUAUAUAUCUACAGGAUGGGGUACACGGAUCCAACAGAGCUGAUGGUCAACAACUUGGAGCUAGGGAUUCCGGACUAUGUCGUAGGAGCUGCUCUUCUGGCACUGUAUGUAUGUAUCGAGCUGAUAGCUAUACCUAUCAACAUAAUCAGAGAUGCGAAGCCAGUUCAUCAUACAGUUGUUCGUUCCCCUGAAAAAAAUUUCAAGGAUGCCUAUAAGAUGGGAUACCAUUUCAGAGGAGAAUAUCUAAACCUGGAAGGUCUGCCUAGGAUUCACUAUCUGGACGAAGGGAAUAUUUACUCGAAUGAAACUAUAGUUUUGCUACAUGGAGAACCAUUCUGGUCUCACAGCUGGAGUAAACUUAUACCUUAUCUGACUAAAGCUGGAUAUAGAGUGAUAGCUCCGGACUUUAUUGGAUUUGGAAAGUCAGAUAAAUUCGUUGAUUACAGAGCGUACACUGUCAGUUUACACAAGCGUGCACUAGCUGGACUGCUGGCCCAUCUUAAUAUACCUGGAUCUGUUACUUUAGUUGGUCAUAAUUGGGGUUGGAUGAUUGGCUCAGCUUUUGCCAAGGAUAAUCCUGGUUAUUUCUCCCGGUUUGUUAUACUGAACACUAACAACGUCCCAGACGGAGAAAUAGAGCUAAACAGAUAUAGUUUACUUUAAUAUCCAAUACGCCCUGUCAAUAUAUCAAGGGAUAGACCAGGAAAUCAGGAAAUCUAGAAAAUAGAA